GUGUCGACAGACGUCACGGGGCCAACGCGGGCUCCACAGACGUCCGCGAUACGUCCCGUAACAUAAACGUUAUGGUAACGACGUGCCUACUUACGUAAGUCAAUAUAGUGAAAAUACUAUUAAAAAUAAAAACACAAAAUUGAAAAAAAAGAUAAAUGGAUGAUUUUUUUAUAUGUUUUUUUUUUGCUCUUCAAGCAUUGAUAAGACAAGGUGAGCAAUUAUAAGUGGGUGUUAGGUAUCAUAAUGUUUGACGGUUUUGUGCGUUGCUGAAUGUUGUUCAAGAUCUUCGUGAAUUUAUAAGAUUUAUGCGGCGAGCUAAAACAAAGUCAAACAGCUGCGCUGGUGGAUUAAAAAACUAUAAAGCUUCAGCUUACGCUAACAUAUACAAACAAACCUAGUUAUCCGCAUAACGAUGUGGAGAAGAAAAUAUUUUGACUUGCGGAUCGGGUUUUACUUAACUUAGGGUACAGCGGGGGUGGGUGAGGGGUAUGCGCAGGCGAAGCGGGCGGCGGGGGGCCAGGCGCGGGGACUCGCACCAUGCACCACGCCAUAGUGCUGCUGCUCGCUGCCCUCUGCACUGCUGUCUCCUCGCAGAUAGCCUGGACGCCAAUCUUUCUUGAUGCAAGUAGUCAAGUGGAUCUGUGGACGCAAUCAUCGUCGGGUUGCGCAUGCCCGGGCGGCGGGGCCGGGGCCGAGGAGUGCGCGUGCUGCGUGCGGGACGGCGCCUGCCCGUGUGGCGACGACGCGCCCGGCCGCUGCGCACAGUGCGGACUCGAACAAUACUGCUCCAAUAUGUGCAAUAUUACGAUCGAUUCGCGCGUCCUCAAGAGCAAGUCGGGCAAGACGUUCGGGCAGAUCAAGUCGCCGUCUUUCGAGGGCCCGGGCGCUUGCUCUUACUUUCUACAGCCAGAUGCGGGACAAAGAGUUGAGAUACAAUUAUAUAGGCUCGUCUCUGUCGGACAGUUUAACGGAUCUAGUUGUGUUGGUGGCUGGUUGCAACUAAGUGGUGCAGUUCGCAAUGUAGACAGCGUGGCUGAAACGCGUCUGUGUGGAGAAAAUGAACGAUACACACCACCCGUCGUAUUAUUUGCUGAUCAUGGUGCUUCGACCCUGGAUUUUAGGAUAACAGAAAAAACAGUGAGAUCACAAUUUUUGGCUUUCUUCAGUUUCACAUCGUUAAGUAAUACACAAGGUGUUGGAUUUCAUCCUCGAGGAGGUUCCAGGAUACCACAUACUGAUUGUGACUGGUUAUACCAGGACAUAUCGUGCCGCGGCGCUGGCGCUUGCGUGGUGGCCAGUCCUGGCUACCCCGGCCUAUAUCCGCCGCAUCGCCGCUGUCGGUAUCUCUUCGCCACUAACUCUGUACACACUAGAGUCAGAAUUAUUUUCUCAUCAAUACUAUUGCCUCAAGACCAUUGUGCCUCGGACUAUUUAACACUACGGGCCGGUAGCUCCCCGUCGGCACCCUUGCUGGCUUCUAUUUGUUCUGAAAAAAGUGCGACGCUGGAAUAUCCCGGCCCAAACUUGCUAUUGGAAUUUAACUCCGGGCCGUUGAUCCCGCCGUAUAAUUACAACGGAUUUAUAGCGAAAUUGGAAUUCAUAGAGCGACAGGAAAGCAGCGAAGCUCCCCCUACUGUGGUUGCUGCGUCACCGCCCCUUGCGGCCCUCACGCACCUUACACACCACGCUGACAGAUCAUCUGCAGAUAAUACGGUUAUCACGAAUGAGAUAUCCCAUACAAAGAACGGUCGUGUUGGUUGUGGAGCAAGUGUACGAGGCUUCGGUCCGGGGGGCGUACGCUCCGGACAUUUCGAUACCCGGGCUACGCCCUGGCGGACACAAUGUACAAUACACUUGUUCGGAUCGCCCACAGAUGUCGUACAAGUGUCACUUUUUAAUUAUAAUUUAAGGCUACAAAGCUGUCGAUCUCAUAUAGAGAUUUUGGAAGGAUAUUACGAAUUUAUUGGUAGAGGGGAAAAAGUGAGUAGAUCUGAGAGAGGUGAUAGGGCACUUCUCAGGGUAUGUGGCCCUUUUAUUAGAGAAGCUAGAGAUCCUUCGGGCAGAUUCCUUAUUCGGCAAGCUGUGACAUCGAAGGGCGCUAAUAUUACUAUACUAAUUCGACGUGCCUCUACACAAAGUGUUGAUGAAGAAGAGUUCGUUGAUGGAGCCUUUGCAUUUCAUGAUGAACAGCACGAAGGGACGAUGUCGCCGGACGCUACGUGCGCGACCACGCACUAUGGGCUGUCGGCGCUACGACACGGUGGAGUCUCCGCGCCCUCGCAUCAUCACAUAUACUGGAAUAUAGAGGAGAGGUUGCUCUGCACGCAUCUAUUCAUGCCGGCUAUAAACCAGAGUGUCACAAUUGAGAUUCAACGGCUGGACCGUAUGUGGAGUGCGGAGCCACCUGGCACUGCACCAGUUGGGUCAAUGGGGUGUCGUACUGCGUGCGGUGACGCUGGCUGCGAGUGCCGCGCCGGCACUCCGCUUCACUACCACGAUCACAUCGCGCUCGUCGCCAGCGAUGGCACACAUCUGUCAUGCCUCUGUGGGGACUUUCAGGCUGCGUGGUUACCGGUUGUGGUUCGCAGUUGGAGUGGCCUGAGACUUGAAUAUUCAGUCGCUCACUAUACGUACGCGAGUCGGGGAUUCGAUUACGCAGCCGCGUAUAGUUUCAAUGAUGACGCGAUGUGUGGACAACGUACUUAUACAACUCACUCGGGUGAAAUUUCAUCAAGAAACGUAUCAGUUACGGGUACUUUAAACGAAUUUUUUUACCAACAAUGUACUUGGGUACUAGAUUCUAACGUUGAGAGGCAGUUAUUUAUUGAUAUCUCUUCAGAACAGGAUAAAUCAUGUGGAUCGUGGAACAUAACUCUUCACGAGUGGUCAGGUCUCGGAGUACAGAGCUCCGAGGGACUGGCGGCCACUGCGGGGGAACUACUCUACACGUUCUGUGCGAGACACAAGAACCACACGUACACGUUGCCAUGGCGACUGAACACCGUUGUGAUAAGGUUAGUCGCGUUGUCAAGACAACAGCCGCUGUACGUGAUCCGCUGGAGGUCGCAGGUGGUCCGCGCCAACACGCGCCUCGGCCCGCCCACACCGGCGCCCGCCGCCGCCGCUGUCGCCUCUACGAGAAGAUUCUCACUGUCUUGUUUGUCUGUUUUGUUAUUACUGCGAAUACUACUUAAAUUUAUUGCUUGAUUACACAACUAGUCACUUAACCUGGUUUCGCACGGUUAACAGCUCUUAUUAAAAUGUAGUUUGUGUAGUUUUGUUGUUUAUACAUUUUUAAUUUUUUUUUAUUACUGGUUAUUAUUAAUGGUUUAAAGAUCAA